UGUGUGAUUUUGACAAAGAUCAGAUAACAUUUGAUGGUGAUUUUUUGCAGAAAUGUGAAAAAUUCCAAAAGGUUCGGAUACUUUUUUCAUACCACUGUAUUAUUUUGCUGCAUAUUGUUACUUAUGGGCUAUUUUUACUCGCCAGCUAUUUACCCGCUUUUAUAAAAAUAUGAGUUUGCAAUAAUUUUGAAUUGCACAAAAAAUGAAAUCUUCAUUUGCAAAAAAUAGACGUUAAGAAAAAAACUAAGGUUAGAUCUGAAUUCAGCGCCCUAGAAUUACAUAAGAACAACUGUUUGCUUCAAUGCAACAAAUUCUCGUUAACCAGUGUUAUUAGACACCUAAGACACAUUUUAAGAGUUGUGCCCAUAUUAAUCCAUCCAUUUUAAAAUCAUAGACAAAUCCACACACAUGUCAAAUAAAACAUGUCCCAAAACAUUUUCAAAACAAAAAUUUCUAUAUCAUUGCUAGGAAAUGUCCUAUCACCUGUGAACCACACAAGAAUUGUGUUACCAGAAAUCCGUUUUCUGACCUCUCUGACCUUUGACCUCAUUACCCCAAAAUUGAAUCGCCUCUUGAGUGUUAUAUUACAAACAUAUCCUGCAAAUUCGAUAGCACCUUUAUUUGUUCUGUAGUCGUCCUACAGGUUUCACCUACAAGCGAAGGUAUUAAACAGCAUGAGCAGAAAUAGUUUUCAGAAAUUAGGCAGAAAAACAAAAAAAAGCGACCAGUCACACAGUUUAGUUUUCAUCGUUGCCACCCGUAUAAUUCAAGUGAUCAGUUACAGCUCAGCCCGUCAUGUUUUGUCUACGUCGGCUGCAGAUUGAAUUCUGUCGCCAACUGACGCAGACGCGCACCAUGUCAUUGGCUCGUCAGGGACCCCGAAAAAGAGUGCGAGACAGCCCCCGUCACAGUGUCGCAGGUGUGAACAUGAACUGAUAAGACGGCAGAGCAUCAGUUUUGUCUGUAGAUUUACAGUCCUGCACUGGUCACGCGUCAGUGCGCAGGGAUUUAGGGGUUAGUCCAAUCUUCAGUUUUGUUAUCAGUACAAUACUGUAGUUGUUUGUCUGUUUCUCUUUUUAUGUGUGCCAUUCACGGCUAUAGACGUCCAAUCUAUUUGAACUGUGGGGGCUCCAGUUCAAAUGGAUUAGACGUCCGCGUGACUCAACCUCAUUUAAAUUCACUGUCCUAUUUUCCUGGCAGCCAAUGAGGUAAUUUACUUUGAGAACGCUUCAGAAAAAAUAUAUGAAAGUUUAAAUAAUGGAACUGAGUGAACGUCUAUGUUGUGAGCUUUGUCACACUCAUGAAAAAGCUAUUAAAAGUGUCAACUCUUGAUUGAAUGAUUAUGUUAAUCUUAGAGGGUGUGAAGUGUGAAGUGUUAAAAAAGAAAAUGAUGAAUGAGUAACGACUGAAACUGUAAAAAGAGAUCCAAUCAGUUAUUGACGUCUGCCCCUGGGCAGGAAUUCAAGCUGCCCUUAUUCAAAACAAGCACUAGGUGUGUGCUUGCGUGUGUGUGUGCGUGUGUGUCCGAUCAGCCAAUCAGCUUACAUGUGGGCAGUGCCUUUGAGUAUAAGUGCAGGUGAGGAAACCUUGUAGACAGGUGUUCAACAGAAUCAUCAUGGCGUCCUUUGUCCCUUGCGGCCCACCCAACUGCGAGCUUCCGUCCCUGGGUGACUUCAGCCUAUACAGUCCACCGCCUCCACCCGAGCACAGCCGUUCCUCACCGCCAGACCUCAACUCUGGAGGAGCCUACUACAAUCUACAAGGUCCCUACAUCCCCGGGGGGCCUUGGUACUCCACGGAGAUCCCGUUGGGUCAGGCCCGUCCACCGUACUCCUACUCGGCCCUCAUCGCCAUGGCCAUCCAGAGCGCGCCGUUGCAGAGGCUGACCCUGAGUCAGAUCUACCAGUACGUUACGGAGCACUUCCCUUUCUAUAGCCGCAACAAAGCUGGCUGGCAGAACUCCAUCCGGCACAACUUGUCUCUCAACGACUGCUUCCGGAAGGUGCCUCGUGAGGAGAACAAUCCUGGUAAAGGAAACUUCUGGACUCUGGACCCAAACUGCGACAAGAUGUUCGACAACGGUAACUUCUGCCGCAAGAGGAAGAGGAAAACAGACACCGUGACAUCUUCUAAGAAACGUCGCGGCUCCUCGUCCGACUCAUCAUCCGAGCCCAGCCCCACGUGUCUCGGAGGCCAAUGCGGUCUGGAGUUUCUUGCCACGCCUGACUGGCGUAGCUCCUCUCAGACUGUGUUCACGCAGGUCCCGGAUGAGUCCUCUCUGCUUGCUCCUCCCCUUCCUCCUCAGGGGUUUGUCUACUCUCCAGGAGCUGUGGUGCCUCAGUGGGACAACUGUAGCUCUUCUCGUGAGGCUCCCGGCGUGUUUUUCCCUUCUCAGUCAAGCCCUCCUCACUUCUCCCCAUCGUCGCUCUACGCCGACCUAGAGACGACAUGCGCUCCUUUCUUGGAGUUCCAGGAGGAGCAGUUGGGGCAGAGGGACCCCUUCCAGGCUAACAUCUUAGGAGGACUCACGGAGGAGUUGCCGCUGGACUCGCUGGGUUUCCAGCAGACUCUGACAUCCUUCUGAUACAUUCAAAUGUCUGUUAUCACGGCGUGAAUGCUCUAUUUAUUAUUUGGGGUUUUUUGGGUGUUUUUUUACUAUUUACUAUUUGACGAUGAUAGACGUCCAUUCAUUUUGCUGUGAAU